CGGUGGCUCCGCAACUUUGCCUUUGUUGAGGGAACGUCCCCCCCUCAUCCUCGGGAUCCCUUCCCACCUCCCCUUUAUCCUCCCCUUCCCAAAAUCCCCCAAGCCCCCCUCCAGCUCCUCCUUCCCGGGACCCUCUCCCCCUUCCCCGGGAGCGUGAGGGGGUGCUGGGGGUCGUGGCUUUGCUGGGAGGGGUGGAGAGAAAAAAAAAAAAACCUUUAAAAACUGCCUUGGAACCUCUGUGUUGAAAAGGCACGAAAACGGGGAAAUUCGGUGCGGGUUUGUGUUUAUUUAGGGGAAAAAAAACAACCCUAAAAAGCCGUGCGUUUGUGUCCCCAAGAGGGGGGAGAGCUGAACUUGAUCCGGGGGAGGCUUUGGCAGCAAAACUGCUCCAAAAUCCCCUUUUUUAUACCUCCAAGGGACCAUGGAGCCACGGGAAUCACGGAUCAGCGAUAACCGAGCCCUUAAAAACCCGAACCCAGCGCUGGGAAAGCUGCUAAUUUUAGUGGGGGAAAAAAAAUCUCCCGUUAAUCGCUUUACACGUAGGGAACGAGGCUGAUCCUUGUGCCAAAGGAGCAUCCCGUUAUCCCGGAAUACCGGAGCCGGGAGAGGGGGAAGUUGCCUUCACUUUGCGGAGUUCUUGGCUGUAGUUUUUAGUCGGGGAGAGAUGCCUGGAGUGGCUGGGCUCGUCUGCUGUGAAACGAGGCAAAAUUUGGUCCUUGCACGCUCCGCUGCCUCGGGGAAGGUGCUCCUGGAGGCCGGGGGUGGAGGUGGAGAUUCCAGGGAAAACGGAUGGAUUUCAGCGGGAAUUCUUCCUGGAGUUUUCAGGCUUUCCUGUGAGGGAGAAAGGCAGAACCCAGCGGAUUAAAAGGGAUGAUUUGUAGGGCUGGAAGCAGAAAAUAAAGUGGUGUGGCUGAGGGCUGAGCUGCAGCUGAGGAAAUGUGGCUGGGAUGUGGGAAUGAGGAUGGGAGAAAGAGCUGGAGGAUGAGAGGGGAUGAACUGGUGGAAUUGUGAAUUAAAAACUCCCUGUGGAUGCGAGCAAUGUGGAUUAAAUGAGUGUUGCUGUGAAGUGUUGGGAGCUGCCCCGUGUGGAAUUUUCACCAAAAUUUGGCUGCUCUGCCUUGUGCAGCUGCCCUGGGCGGCUCCUGUGGUUUCUGCAGGGUCAGAGAGGUUGGGUGGUGUUUAAAAACCCAAAAAGGAGAAGGCAACAAAAGCGUUUGGGGUUUUAUUUGGUGUUUUUGACUGCCUUGAGAGCAGGCUGGGUGCAGAUAUUUGGGGGUGAUGUGCCAAGUGUGAGCAGCAUUUGAUGUCUCCGAGCUUUCAGCAAACCAUAAAUGUGCAUUUAUUCCUCCCCUGAUCAUUCUCCCAAUGAAUACGGGCUGGCUCCAAGUGGAAAAGGGUGUUUUGAAGUUGGCAGAUUUUCUUUCCAGCGUGAAAUAAUUCCGGGUUUUGUGCAAGCUGGGUUUGUUAAAAGAGAAUUUUGCUGGUUCAGGAGCAGAGCUCGGACAAUAGUCACACAUGCAACGGGUUAGGGGCUAGAAAAGAGCCAAAAAAGCCCAAAAUGGGGGGUUUAUUAUUUUUUUUUUGGCUGUUGUGUGGCCAAGGAUUGUUAGGGAGGAAUCUCUUGCUGCAAUUCCUGCCGAGAUUCCGGCUCCAUGUGGUCCCAGCCUUGUGAGGAUGGAGAAAUUUGGGAGCAGCCUCGUGUGCUGGGAUGUUUAAAUUGGGAAGGAAAUGCUGACACUUGCUCAGUGGGGACAGAAAAAAAGCACAUUCGGGUUCUGGGUGUCUUUUUUCUGCAGAGGAUUUCUCGUGGCUGCUGCAGCUCUGCCCACAUCACACGCUGCAGGUCGUUUUCCUCGCUGCCAAACACACUCACUUGUUAAUUAUUAUUUUUAAGCAGCCCUGUGUUGUCUCAGCACCUCUGAACACGUGACAAGAAGCACUUGCUCAGCACCAAAAGUGGUUUAUUCAGUAUAAAGGACUGAAAAUGCCUUUUAAAUCCUGUUUUUCUUGGCCUUUUUUUCCCCCUUCUUUAACUGUUUUUAUACUGAAAUGUCACAGGGCUGCUGCUGGGACUCAUAAAGUGAAAUUUAGUGUUUUCUCAGCCCUCAGAAGAUGUUAAUGGAUUGAUUGAGAACAGUCAACAAAUGGAAAUAUUUCAAAAUAAUACAAAAUUCAGCUGCUGGUGUGUAAGUGUGGAUUCCUUCCGGAGUGUUUUUAGCUGUGAGGAAGCGUGAAAGGUUUUCUGAGGUAAAACAAAACCCAGGGGUUUGGUUUAAAAUUGUUAUAAAUAAACAGAGAAAUAAGAAAUAAGUUGCCUGACAACCUUGCCAGUGGCUGAGGUCAGGAGGAAUGGGAAGAUGGGGUUGUUUCAAAGGUCUCCCCUCCAACCCUUCCUUUUCUGCAGGAAUCCUCUCCGGUGAGAAUGAGAACUUUCCUCACUCUGUCCAACAACAUUUGUGGUUUUCAGCUUGAAUAUUUCAUCAAGGGUUGGGUUUGUUGCUGGGCUUUUAAUUUUUUUUUUUUAAUUUAUUUUCCCUUUGGGGAACGAAACCUUGGGAGAUGUUUUUAUCUCAGCAGCCUGAUAAUCAUAAAUUCUCCACCCUUUCCCAAAAUCUUCACCCUUUCCCAAACCCUUUCACCUUUCCCAAAAUCUUCACCCUUUCCCAAAAUAUUUCCCUUUCCCAAACUCCUCCACCCUUUCCCAAAAUCUUCACCCUCCCCAAACCCCUUUCUCAAACCCCUCCACUCUUCCCAAACCUUUCACCCCAGGCUCUUGUCUAGAAAAAAGCCCCCCUUGAAUUCCAGUGCAAGAAAAGGUCCCUCAUUAGUGUCAAGCCCUUAAUGAGCCUUUGCUCCCAAGGAUGCUGAGCAAAUCCAAAUUGUUGAACAGAAAUGAUUUAAAAAUCCCAUUCAGAGCUGAGGACAUCUGGGUUGUUGGUUGAUGUUUCCCUGUGUGCCCUCAGAUGCUCUUCACUUUGGGGUUUUAGGAGGUUUGAGCUCCACGAUGGGUCAGGUGAGGCUUUUGUGGCUCGUGGAAUUCCAGCACAGAGCAGCCAGAGCACCCCAUGAAAACAAAACAGAUUAAAAGCUUUUAGCUUGCAAGAUGAUAAUGAGGAGCACGUGAGCUGUUACACCUCCAGUUGGUGACAAAUCAGCUGAAAUCCCUCAGAAAACAGCAAAUUGUUGGACCUACCUUGAGAUUUUUUGAAAGAACACUGGCUAGGGCUUUGAAGCUGCCUGGCAGUGAGGACUUCCCAGUAAUUAAAUUCUCGGGGAUCGUGGGAGGACGAUGGGGCUGCUGCGCGCCCGCGACGCCGCGCGGCCGAGGAGAGGAUGUGUGAGCUGCACCCCGUCGGAGCAGCGACUCCUCCUGUGAGACAUGGAUCGAUGCAAACAUGUGGGGCGGCUACGACUCGCCCAGGACCACUCGAUCCUGAACCCCCAGAAGUGGCAGUGCGUGGACUGCCACACCACCGAGUCGCUCUGGGCCUGCCUCAAGUGCUCGCACGUGGCCUGCGGGCGCUACAUCGAGGAGCACGCCCUGAGGCACUUCCAGCAGAGCCGGCACCCCCUGGCCAUGGAGGUGCACGAGCUCUACGUCUUCUGUUACCUCUGCCAGGAUUACGUCCUCAACGACAACCCCGAGGGCGACCUGAAGCUGCUGAGGAGCUCGCUGUCGGCCAUCCAGGGCCAGAGGAGCGGGAGGACGCUGCGCUCCAUGGCGCUGGCCGAGGACGCGUGGCGGAGGAGGAGCCCCCAGGGCCAGUCCCAGAUGCUGACGGCGCUGUGGCACCGGCGCCAGGCCCUGCUGGCGAGGGCUCUGCGCACCUGGUUCCACAAGAGCUCCCGGGGACAGCUGAAACUGAAGGAGAAAAAAGAGAUGGAGGAGCUGGAGAAGAAGAAGGAGGCGGCUCGGCAGCGGCGGCAGGAGAUGAAGAGGCAGCUCCUGGAGGAGCUGGCCAGCACUCCCCCGAGGAAGAGCGCCAGGCUGCUGUCUCACGUGCACAGGGAGAGCUUGAUCCCAAGGAAAUUCAGGGAGGUGGCCACAGCUUCCCCUACCUCAAGGCAGGUGCAGAGCAGCAGAUUGAAGCAGUUCUACUCCAUCCGGCGGCAGCCCCUGAUGACGCCCGGGGUGACGGGGCUCAGGAACCUGGGCAACACUUGUUACAUGAACUCCAUCCUGCAGGUGCUCAGCCACCUCCAGAAGUUCCGAGAAUGUUUCUUGACUCUUGAUCUCUGUGAAACUGAAGAACUUUUAGCUAAAACUGUGAAUGGGAGGGCCAGGAUGCCUGGCAAGCUGGCCAACGGGGCUGCUGCUAACGAGCCAGGGAAGCCUGACAGGGUGGGCUCGUCGGGCACGCAGGGCUGCCCGGCCGGCCUCAACGGGGGCUCCUCCAUCAGCCGCAGCCUGGAGCUCAUCCAGCCCAAGGAGCCCAGCUCGAAGCACAUCUCGCUGUGCCACGAGCUGCACACGCUGUUCAGGGUGAUGUGGUCUGGCAAGUGGGCCCUGGUGUCGCCGUUUGCCAUGCUGCACUCCGUGUGGAGCCUGAUCCCGGCGUUCCGCGGCUACGACCAGCAGGACGCGCAGGAGUUCCUCUGCGAGCUCCUGGACAAGGUGCAGCAGGAGCUCGAGUCCGAGGGCAGCAGGCGCAGGAUCCUCAUCCCCUUCUCGCAGAGGAAGCUCACCAAGCAGGUCCUCAAGGUGGUCAACACCAUUUUCCACGGGCAGUUGCUCAGCCAGGUCACCUGCAGGACGUGCAACUACAAAUCCAACACGGUGGAGCCCUUCUGGGACCUGUCGCUGGAGUUCCCCGAGCGGUACCACUCCCUGGAGAAGGGCAUCCUGCCCGUGCCCCAGGCCCCGUGCCUGCUCACCGAGAUGUUGGCCAAAUUCACCGAGACAGAAGCCCUGGAGGGGAGGAUCUACGCCUGUGACCAGUGCAACAGUAAAAGGCGAAAAUCUUCUCCCAAACCUCUUGUUCUGAGUGAAGCUAAAAAGCAGUUGCUGAUCUACAGACUACCUCAGGUCCUCCGGCUGCACCUUAAACGCUUCAGGUGGUCUGAGCGCAAUCACCGCGAGAAGAUCGGGGUGCACGUGCUCUUUGAGCAGGUGCUGGACAUGGAGCCCUACUGCUGCCGGGACUGCGUGCCCCCCCCGGCCUCCCCGCGCUGCCUCUACGACCUCUCGGCCGUGGUCAUGCACCACGGCAAGGGCUUCGGCUCGGGCCACUACACAGCCUACUGCUACAACACGGAGGGAGGUUUUUGGGUGCACUGCAACGACUCCAAACUGAAUGUAUGUAGCGUGGAGGAGGUGUGCAAGACCCAGGCCUACAUCCUCUUCUACACUCAGAGAACGCCGCAGGACAGAGCAGCAAUCCCACACAACCAGCUCCAAACUCAGGUGUUCGGCAGCCAGGGGCAGUGACAAGGACACAGGAGUGGCACUGGCACCAGGGAAACACGGCCGGCGGCUGCGGGGAGCGGGGGCGUGCGCCCGCCCUGAGCGGGGGCUGCGG